AUGUUUGCAACAGGUGGUGGUGAUGCAGUAAUCAAUUUGUGGCAUGACUCCACGGUUGCUGAUAAAGAGGGAGCCUUCCGUAAAGAAGUGAGGCAUCUCACUUAUCAAUUUAAGUGUCUUUUCUUUAAACGAAGAGGGUGUUUUGAGAGGGCAAGAAUAAUUAAUGCUGCAUUGGACGCUGACUAUACGAAAGCAUUCCAACUUGCCAUUGAACUUCACAGGCCUCACAAACUUUUUGAGUUAUUCAGUGAACUCUGCAGUUGCGCUCCCUACAAAAAGAGAGACGCUGAAGUUCAUAUUGAAAAAGCUCUUGGUACUCUGGGCAAAGAAGAGUUUCAUCUACUUUUGCAAUAUGUGCGAGAAUGGAAUACAGAACCAAAGCUGUGUUAUAUUGCACAGUUUGUGCUGUUCCGUGUAUUUAGCAUCCUCCCUCCAACAGAGAUAGUUGAGAUAAAAGGAAUUGGAGAACUGCUCGAAGCCCUUAUUCCAUAUUCUCAAAGGCAUUUCAGCAGAAUAGAUAGGUUGGAAAGAAGCACAUUCCUCUUGGACUAUACCUUAACUGGAAUGCCCGUUAUUGAACCUGAAACGGAUGGAAGAGAGUUGAAAGAAGAGGAUGUGAAGUGCUUUGAGGAUGCGGGGGGAUACCAAUUCGGAGGCAUUUCUCUCGAGGAGCAAAAUGACGACAACGAACCAAAAGAGAUCUCAAGGAAGAAGCGCAAGUCACACAAAUCUAAAGAUGGGAGACAUAAGAAAGAGAAGGUAGUGGAUUACACAAGUGCUGCAGCUAUAUCAUCACAGGCAUAA